CUGAAUUUUACCGGCAACGGCGAGGGACCUACCGGCAUCCCUGCUCCGUCCGGCCUCCGCCCGCCACGCGUGUCCAUGGCACCGACAUCGACGCUCAGCCAGGGCUUACAGCCAUCUCUCCUGCACACGGCUCGCAGAGCCGAUGGAGUAGGGCUCUUGGGGACAUCGACACCAGCGCGCGGAAUAUUUGGUGCUAACCCCCCUCUGUCGCAGCUGCGCAGCAACAACCCAGCACGCCUAGGUGCUCAGACCCCGGCAACAAACCGCGUAAACCGACGCACAAGCGUUCUCCAGAGCACGCGGCGCAUGACAAUGAUUGCGGCGCCAUCGGUAAUCAUGCGCAACGGCGGGGGAGUCAAGGAUCCACGGCCGGUGAAGGACCGGUCGUUCCAGUCAAAGGCACAGCAGACGAUCAUGCUCUACCUGUCGACACACGCGUACCCGGGCUUGCUGACACCCAAGACUUUGGUGGCACCGACGGUGAAGGAUUUCCAGACGAAUCUUCAAGUUCCUGUACAUGAAGCUGGAUCCAAAGUACAAGUACGGGAAAAGUUUGAGGACGAUGCGCUGCAGAUUCUGCGCGGAGUCAAGUACCCCAAGUCGCAGCUGUUUUCUGCUGGCUCGAUGUCAGCAUGGCCGAUACUCCUGGCCAUGCUGCUAUGGCUGGUCGAGUUGAUUGAGUGUGUCGACAUGAUGGAGCAGCGGGAAGAAAGCAUGGUUGACGAUGGGGCUAAGGAGUCGAAGCCAAUUUAUCGACCGGGUGCAGCCCAGUUUGAGCUGAAGAACGAGCACCUAACGCAGGAAGCAAAGGACGUCGAAGACCAGCUCCAGAUUGCGCGGGCUGAGCUGAAGGCACUGAGAGAGAGUGAAUCGCCGCUACGGCAGCUCGAGCGCAGGCGCGUGGAGCAGAUCGGGGACGUAAGCCGAAACACAGAGAAGCUGGAGGCAUCGCAGGUCGAGAAGCUGGCGCUCGAAAAGGAGAUUGCAGAGGUCAGGCUGACUGUCGACGCGCAGCAAAUCAGCACCGAGGAUGUUGACCGCAUGACUGCCGAGCGCAACCAGCUGCAAAGCGUCAUGGAUGGCGUCCAGGAGAAGAUCAGGGAGGCAUCUGAUGACGUGAACGACAAGGGGAUGCGGCUGCAGCGCGUGCUAGAUACUGUCGAUGAGCAUGUGCAGGACUAUGCGGCCAAGGCCUAUCGGGCUUGGAUCGAGCUUGCUGUCGACAAGAAUGCCAACGACAAGAGCAAGGUGACAUCUCGUGCGUGCGAUACCCUCACAAGUCAGUGGCACGCAACAGAGACGGCUGUGAUCAGGCUACGCGAAGAGAGGGACCAGCUGGCGGAUUUGCGGAUGGAACUGGAGGUGCGGGUAGAGGAGAUGGACAAGCAGGUAGCACGGCACAACACCGAGUAUCAGGAGCUGCGCAGGAUAAACAUGAUGGAGACGCAGACGUCAGCGAAGCAGAUUGAGCAGCUUGAGGGCCGGAUUCAGAGUCUCCAGAGCGAUAUCUCGAAGGGCCAGCUGCAGUCGGAGGCAGCGAUCAGCCAUGCUGAGGCCGAGCGCAACAGCGUGCUGCUGGGGUGCCGGAUGCGCAGGAACGAGAUUGACGAGGACGUGGUAGCGACGUUGGAAAACGCCGCGCAGAUGAAGAAGCACACUGAGGAGAAGCUGAAGGAGCUGCUACAGCUAGUGAUCGAGGAGCAGGAGGCGAGCUAGCGGCCGAACAAGCCGGGUAUUUCUAUGUUCCUUUGUGUGUGAAUGGAUUUGCUGGUUCUGAAUGUGGCCACGGUGUAGUGCGGCCUUUAUGCGUGUGGUUGCUGGUAUGUCGACAGCAGCGAUGCCCGGCCAGCGAUCUACAAUUAAAGUUGACACUGUAAACCGAAAAAUAGCACCAUUGGCAGCUCUGCUUGGGUGCCAAGAGAGGGAAAGCCGCUAUGUGAACGAAUCUCAUCUGCUUGUUUUCUCUCGUCUUUUUUCUUGUCAGUUUCCAGAACCCCUUUGCAUAAGCAUAU